AUGGUGUUCGAGUGUAUUUUUGAUGACCAAGUUAUGGAAGAUAACUAUGAAGAAGAAGAUUUCGUGGGUAUAUCUGAUGCCCAAGUUAUGGAAGAUGAUGAUGCUUUCAAAAUGGCAUUAGCAGACUCAUGGGAAGAAAGUCUGAGAAAUAUACAGAAAAUCCGUGCAUCGAGUUCGUUUAUUCAAGGACUAAAAAGAGAGUCUUGUUUGCCAAGUACCGCGAAUAUUGCCUGUGCUAUUUGCUUGGAGUUAUCUAGAGUUAAAGAAGAGAUCUCUCGGAUGCCUUGUGGGCACAUAUUUCAUGCAGACUGCUUAAUUUCUUGGUUGGAGCAGAGCAACUCCUGCCCUAUGUGCCGCUUUAAAGUUGAACACCAACUGGUUGAGGACUAA